AUGAAGCGAAUCGUCAGCGAACUCAGUACGCUUCGGGCGUCCCUUCCAGACGGAAUAUUCAUUCGCUAUGCGGAAUCUCGCCCCGAUUGCAUGAAGAUUCUCAUGACUGGACCUCAGGACACUCCAUACGCCGAUGGGCUCUUCGAGUUCGACCUUCUGUGUCCCGGAGACUAUCCAAAAUCUCCACCGAAGAUGCAACUCAAAACCACGGGCCAAGGGACAACUCGCUUUAACCCAAACUUAUACGCUGAUGGCAAAGUCUGCCUCUCUCUGCUUGGAACCUGGACUGGUCCAGGCUGGAAUGCACAAGGCAGCACAAUUCUUCAAGUUCUCGUCAGCAUACAAUCCAUGAUACUUAACGGCGAGCCAUACACCAACGAGCCUGGUUGGGCUAAUCAAUAUGGCAGCGAGGCAAGCAAGCAAUACAACCGUCAGACUCACCCACAGACAGUGGAG